GCUCGUUUGAAACAACCACACAACACAUCCGCUGAGAAAGGGAGUGCGGCCCCCGAACAACAACAAAACACACACCCACACGAACAGCUCACAGUCUCCUGAGCGGUGACUCAGGCCAGCAUGUUGGGUGUUUCCUGACCUUCUGGUGUGGACAGAAGCAGGAGGAUGGAGACGGUGACUGGCUAAACAAUGUGUAGCAGAGAUGCUGAGCAGUCAUGAGUGUCAGACAUGCUGCCUGGAGACCAUUUACCUGUGGAGGACAAGGAAGACCAAGGCAACCAGACUAAAGGUUGUGCGUCUUUAGAGGAAAUCCUUCCAGUGCGUGACCCUGUGUGCAGGGGAAAUACCGUCCCCACUGACCUCAUCAUCACUCAGCCUGUAGCUGCCUCACAGGGGGCAGGGGAGCUCACGUUAACUUCCUGCCCACAAUGUGGGCUCGCAGUCCCAGACCAAAGACUCCUGCCGGAUCCCCAGGGCCAGAGCAAACCGCAGAACUCCACUUCAUCAGUGUACAGCAACAGCAGCAGGAAGAGCAGGAAGAGCAGAAGCACACACACACCUGCAGCCACACCAAGUGACUCUUGUUUCCAGCUGUUGCUGGCCUGCCUGUCGUGCCAGUGCUCUGUCGUGCUCUUGAGCCUGUUGGAGGCCUGCUCCUCCUGCCUGAACGCCCUCUGCUCCUCCUGCUGUAACGCCUGCGACCGCUGCUGCUCCGCUGUCCAGGAGGCGCCCAUGGAGGAGUUCAACUGCCACACGCACUGCCACUCGGUCCUGUUCGAGUCCUGCUGCGAGCCAACAGAGUGUCUCGAGCUUUGUGUGGACUGCUGCGAGAUCUGCCAUCGCACGUAGGAGACAGUAGAUGGGAGUCAGGCCUGAGGAUUG